GUGGCACGGGGAGAAGUGGGCGGGGACCUAGGGAGUGCUGGCGACUGCGCUGGCGGCGGCCCUUGGCGGUGGAGUCCGGGAUUCGGGGUCGCACUGCGUGGCCCUUGUCGCUGCUACCCCGCUGCCUAUCGCCUUGUUCCCUGGGCGCAUCAUCCUCACGGCGCGGGCGUGUAGGCGCUGGCUAAUCGGUUUGCGAGUGUGCGCAGGCGCGGCGGGGGCGUCUAGCCCUGUUGGGUGGGCGGCGGAGCCCGGGCGCGCGCGGGCGAGACCAUGGCGGGCAGCAGUGCGGGGGGCGGUGGUGUCGGGGAGACGAAGGUGAUUUACCACCUGGAUGAGGAGGAGACUCCCUACCUGGUGAAGAUCCCAGUCCCCGCGGAGCGCAUCACCCUCGGCGAUUUCAAAAGCGUUCUGCAGCGGCCCGCCGGCGCUAAGUACUUUUUCAAGUCUAUGGAUCAGGAUUUUGGGGUGGUGAAGGAAGAAAUUUCAGAUGACAACGCUCGCCUGCCUUGUUUCAAUGGAAGGGUAGUCUCCUGGCUAGUGUCAUCGGAUAAUCCCCAACCUGAGAUGGCACUCCCAGCCCAUGAGCCUCGGACAGAACUGGUGCCUCCACCUCCACCAUUACCUCCUUUGCCGCCAGAAAGGACCAGUGGCAUUGGGGACUCGAGGCCUCCAUCCUUCCACAGUCAUGAAAAUCUGGAGCCUGAGACAGAAACUGAGUCUGUUGUGUCACUGAGACGGGAGCGACCUCGAAGGAGAGACAGCAGUGAGCAUGGCGGUGGUGGCCACAGGCCCAGUGGCCCUUCAAGGCUGGAGCGCCACCUGGCUGGGUACGAGAGCUCCUCUACUCUCAUGACUAGUGAGCUGGAGAGUACCAGCCUAGGGGAUUCAGAUGAGGAUGACACCAUGAGUCGGUUCAGCAGCUCCACAGAGCAGAGUAGUGCCUCCCGCCUCCUCAAGCGCCACCGAAGGCGAAGGAAGCAACGACCACCUCGUAUGGAGAGGACCUCAUCCUUCAGCAGCGUCACAGAUUCCACAAUGUCUCUCAACAUCAUCACAGUCACACUCAACAUGGAGAAGUACAACUUUCUGGGCAUCUCCAUUGUGGGCCAAAGUAAUGAACGGGGUGACGGAGGCAUCUACAUCGGCUCCAUCAUGAAAGGGGGAGCUGUGGCUGCUGAUGGCCGCAUCGAGCCUGGGGACAUGCUUUUGCAGGUGAAUGACAUGAACUUUGAGAACAUGAGCAACGAUGAUGCUGUGCGGGUUCUGAGAGACAUUGUUCACAAACCAGGCCCCAUUGUGCUGACUGUGGCCAAGUGUUGGGAUCCAUCACCCCAAGCCUACUUCACCCUUCCCCGAAAUGAGCCCAUCCAGCCAAUUGACCCUGCUGCCUGGGUGUCGCAUUCUGCUGCGCUGACUGGCACCUUCCCUACUUAUCCGGGUUCUUCAUCCAUGAGCACCAUUACAUCUGGAUCCUCUCUCCCUGAUGGCUGUGAAGGUCGAGGUCUCUCUAUCCAUAUGGACAUGGCCUCUGUGACCAAAGCCAUGGCAGCCCCAGAGUCUGGGCUGGAAGUCCGGGACCGCAUGUGGCUCAAGAUCACCAUCCCAAAUGCCUUUCUAGGCUCAGAUGUGGUCGACUGGCUAUACCAUCACGUGGAGGGUUUUCCUGAGCGCCGGGAGGCCCGCAAGUAUGCCAGCGGGCUGUUGAAGGCAGGCCUUAUCCGACACACUGUGAACAAGAUCACUUUUUCUGAGCAGUGCUAUUAUGUCUUCGGGGACCUCAGUGGUGGCUGUGAGAGUUACCUAGUUAACCUGUCUUUGAAUGACAAUGAUGGUUCCAGUGGGGCUUCAGACCAGGAUACCUUGGCUCCUUUGCCUGGGGCUACCCCCUGGCCCCUGCUACCCACCUUUUCCUACCAAUACCCAGCCCCGCACCCCUACAGCCCCCAACCCCCACCCUACCAUGAGCUUUCAUCUUACACCUAUGGUGGAGGCAGUGCCAGCAGCCAGCACAGUGAGGGGAGCCGGAGCAGUGGGUCAACAAGAAGCGAUGGGGGUGCUGGGCGCACAGGGAGGCCCGAGGAACGGGCUCCUGAGUCGAAGUCUGGUAGUGGCAGUGAGUCUGAGCUCUCUAGCCGGGGAGGCAGCCUUCGGCGGGGUGGGGAACCUAGUGGGACUGGUGAUGGGGGUCCUCCUCCAUCCAGGGGCUCAACAGGGGGUGCUCCCAAUCUCCGAGCCCUUCCAGGACUCCAUCCCUAUGGACCUCCCCCUGGUAUGGCUCUCCCCUAUAACCCCAUGAUGGUAGUCAUGAUGCCUCCACCCCCACCCCCACCCCCUGUCCCUACAGCAGUGCAGCCCCCUGGUGCUCCUCCAGUCAGGGACCUGGGCUCUGUGCCCCCAGAACUGACAGCUAGCCGCCAGAGCUUCCACAUGGCUAUGGGUAACCCCAGUGAGUUUUUUGUAGAUGUUAUGUAAAGCCCACCUUGGGGCCAUGUUGGAUCCAUGCCCUUGGCCUGUCCAGUUUUAUUUGGUGCUCCUCGAAGUGCCUGGACUCAGCCUAGUGGUUGUUGCCCUACCUUAAGAUUAUUGCCACUGUGACUCUUUGCCAGCAGUGCCUGGUCCUUCCCCUUCCUCAGGGGUAGACAGUGACCUUUGGUUAUUUUUAGCUUUAUUUUUUUAAUAAGCCUUUGGGGGGGUGGUAAAAUAGACUUCCUUAUAUUUGGGGGAAUAUUUUUUUAAUAGACUUUUUUUUUAUAUGAAGAAUCCCCAUUUCCUGGUCCCUUUGAACCCCAGAAUGUGACCACCACCUCCAGUUACCUAGUCAGCUUUUUCACUGAGGGUGGGUGGUGGUUAGUGGUACCCUGGGAAGAGAAGGGGGUGGGUUGGGUACCCUAGACAGCAGUCCAAGGAAGCUGCUGGGGUAUUUGGGGGCCGUAUAGCUGCCUUUGUUACGCUAUUUAUUUUAGUCACUUGUAUAAAAUACCAAAUAAAGCAAUAGAGGCAAACUCCCCAAGCCACUGGCUCCUUUCUUUGGGAGGGAGGCAGGCAGUAGAGGGAAAGAACUGAGUGAGAUAAAA